AGCUGAGUGGCAGACUGGGAGAGAGACCGAGAGACUUUACGCCGGGUCCUAUGCACCGCACAAUAUAGAAGUUUAUUUUUUGUUUACAAAUUACACCUGCAAUGUCGGUCGAAAAAGUAGAAAGCACAUUAACGGAUGGAGCAGAUAAUUCGAAAAGUAAUACAGCAGAUGAGAAAGGAAAUGAUGAGGUCGAAGAAAAAACCAAAUCAGAUGCCAAAACAGAGGAAACUUCAGAAAAAUCCAAUGGACGAACAAACAUUGGUGAAAUGGGACAUUGUUACUGUGGAAAAGACAGAAACUUGAAUAUUGCAGAAUUAUUAUGUGCCAGUUGCACGCGAUGGUUCCACGAAUCGUGCAUUGGAUAUCAAUUAGGAAAACUGGUACCUUUUAUGACAAACUAUGUAUUUAUGUGUAAAAACUGUUCACAAACUGGCUUAGAAAGUUUUAAGAAGAAUCAAGCACAAUUCCCUCAAAUGUGUGUUACUGCUAUUGCAAAUUUAAUUCAGACUUGUCAAAAAGAGAGUACGAAUAGAACACUCUUUCAUAAGGAUCGGGAUAUUAUUCCAUUUAUAGAAUGUCACUGGGAAAGUAUGACAACCAUGCCCAGAAGAGUAACACAAUCCUGGCAUUCAAGAAUCCACAAGGCCCUAAUGAAAGAUCUUGGAACUUUGUUUAUAAUGGAUGAGGAUUCUGAUGAAGGACAAUUGUAUGGACUUGUAAGCUCGGAUUUAGUAUCAAUUAAGCCUAAUUAUGAAGCAAUGAUUAAAGGAGCAUCAAUUCCUGGUGGAAUCAGAGGACGUAAUGCCAAACGCAAAUUCCCUGGAGAGGGUACUGGAACUGGACCAGGCAAAAAAGGUGGAGGAUCCGACAUGACAACACCAAAAUUACCUGCUCAUGGAUACCCACUGGAUUAUCCCAAAAAUAAAGAUGGCUACAGGUACAUUUUAGCUGAACCUGACCCACACGCACCUUUUAGACAAGAAUUUGAUGAAAGCAGUGAUUGGGCUGGAAAACCAAUCCCUGGUUGGCUCUAUCGACCUUUAAGUCCUAGUGUUGUACUUCUUGCUCUGCAUGAUCGAGCACCACAGCUUAAAGUCUCAGAAGACAGAUUGGCUGUUACUGGUGAUAAAGGGUAUUGCAUGAUAAGAUCUACUCACUCAAUCUGUAAAGGAACGUGGUACUGGGAAGCUAAAAUUGAUGAAAUGCCCGAAGGUUCUGCCACAAGGCUUGGUUGGGGUCAAGAAUAUGCCAAUUUACAAGCACCAUUAGGAUAUGAUAAAUUUGGUUAUUCUUGGAGAUCUAGAAAAGGAACACGUUUUCACGAGAGUCGAGGGAAGCAUUACAGUCCAGGCUAUGGAAAAGGUGAUAUAUUAGGAUUUCUUAUGAUUUUGCCAGAUGUACACAAUCCGCGACAUAUUCCCAAUACAUACAAAGAUCGCCCUCUAGUAAAAUUUAAAAGUCAUUUGUAUUAUGAAGAGAAAGACCAUGUUGCUGAUGCCAUUCAGGCUUUAAAACCCCUUGAAGGGAGUAAAAUUAUAUUCUACAAAAAUGGAGUUUCCCAGGGAGAAGCAUUUGUAGAUAUUUAUGAUGGUGCUUAUUAUCCAUCUGUAUCUAUUUAUAAAAGUGCCACAGUUUCCAUGAACUUUGGACCACAUUUUAAAUUUCCCCCCAAAGAUGCUACUUUUAGAGGAAUGUAUGAAAAAGCAGAAGAAGCAAUAGCAGAACAGUCAAUGGCAGACAUGCUUUAUUUCACAGAGAACGAAGGAAAAUUAAGAUUAGAUAACUUUACUUUAUGACACUGAUAAAUGUUUUCUGUUCGAUUUCUCCUUAUUUUAUAAGGUCACUUUACAAAACCAAUAUCAUUGUCUUGCAAAAUCAGGUCUUUACAUUUGCUAACAGAUGAAUUUACUGAUAUUUUGCAUUAGGAAAGGUUUAAAAAUGUUAUUUUUUGAAGUAUUUUCUAAUCAAAAGUAUUGUAAAAAGAUGUAAUUAGCAUAUAUAAAAUUUACUCAAAUAUUUACAUACGUAAUAAAUUAAAAGUUAUUUUAUAUCUUUUUUUUUUAAUUUCUGAUAUAACAUAAUUUUUAUAUAACAAGUGUGUUUACCUCAUCAGUCUUGAAAUUAUGUAGAAUCAUCAGUUAGAAGGAGUAUACCUUUUAUGUACAUA